AUGUCGGCAUCGAUUGUCAAAGUUGCUUGUACUCAGGCCGAACCUGCCUGGCUCGACCUAGCGGCCAGCGUUGCAAAGACGUGCAAGCUUAUCACAGAGGCCGCCUCCAACGGCGCUCAGCUCAUUGCUUUCCCAGAGUGCUGGAUCCCCGGUUACCCAUGUUGGAUCUGGACGCGUCUGGUAGAUUUUGAUCUCAACGUCCGAUACAUCAAGAACUCUUUAUCUGUCAACUCCCCAGAGAUGGCCACUAUACAGGCUUGCGCCAAAGAAAACAAUAUCGCCGUUUCCCUGGGGUUUUCAGAGAACGACAACAACUCCCUCUUCAUUGCCCAAGCUCUGAUCGGCCAAGACGGCGAGAUGAAGAUCCACCGCCGCAAGAUGAAGCCGACGCACAUGGAGAGGACAGUUUUCGGUGAUGCGUCGGGCCAUUGUCUACAGAGUGUUGCUGAGUUACCCUUUGCACGGGUGGGUUCUCUGGCCUGUUGGGAGCAUAUCCAACCACUCUUGAAGUACAACACUAUUGCUCAGAAGGAAGAGAUCCACAUUGCUGCAUGGCCAAGUGUUACCCCGCACGCAGGUGGUCCCGGCUUGUGGUCAAUGAGCUCGGAAGGUUGUCAAACACUUUCCCGAACAUAUGCAAUCGAAUCCAACGCAUUUGUCCUCCACAGUACUGCACUAAUUACAAGUAAGGGCGUCGAAGCACACAACAGUGUCGGCGGUAUCAUCAUGUCAUCUCCUGGCGGUGGUACCUCGGCUGUAUUCGGCCCAGAUGGACGACGACUUACUGAGCCAGUUGAUGAUACCACUGAGGCAAUCAUUUAUGCUGACCUGGACAUGGAAAUGAUCCAUAGAACCAAGAUGUUUGCGGAUUGUACUGGUCACUAUAGCCGGCCAGACCUCUUGAGACUCUUGGUAGAUAAGGAAAUCAAGUCUCUUGUCACGUCUCAAGGUGAGGUUGAGAAGGGGUCAGUAACUGAGGAAAGUGCGCUUGUACCGUAG